AUGGCAUGCGGCACUUUUCGAGCGUGCGACCAGGACCCUUGUGGACUGCCCGUGAAGAAGAGUUUCUUCGAUGAGCCGGCUUGCGACUAUUGGGAACAUGGCGGAGACAGCAUGGUCCCUACGAGGAAGAGGGCCUUGCGGGGGACAACGGUCACGGUGAUAAAUGGCAUGAAGGGCUGGGGUGGGCUGAACCAGACGGGUUACAGCUAUGAUGAGAUUCCUGGAGUCACCAUUCACAGCAGCAAUGACAUCGAGGACGCGGAGGGGUUCAGUUCAUUUGGCGAAGGGACACUCAGGGUCACCAUUCCUGGUGACAAGUUGCCCGACAGGAUCGGCAUCACCAACGCUGGUGAGGCGCCCAUUUGCAUCGCUGGCGUCCACUUGACCGCCCCUGAUGGAUCGCAAAUCACCAUGACAGGCAACUUGGGGAGACUCUGUGGCGCAGAUCACUACGAAUCUGCGUCCGAGGUCCUUCCCAACGCCGAAGGGAAACCGGCGGCCUGUGUAUGGGUAGACCGACACGGUUCGAAUGGUAUUCGACUCCCGGGUAUCGCCUUCGACCUGCAGAACUACGAUAGUGAAGACGGCCCGGGCCCGGAGUUCUACAACAUCACAUCGGUGCAGGACUUGUGUAAAGCGCCUUUUAUAGCGUUGGGUGACGACCAGCCUGCUCUGUCACGGAGGCAACUCGUCAUGCCCAACGUCGCCCGCGAUGACAGCUCCGUGGCCAGCCUCAACUUCGACUCGGCGCUGGUCAAAAGCAACCUGGACCUCUCGAGUGCGGUGCAAAUGUGCCGGGGCGAGUUCACCAAGGGCCCGCAUUUCGUGAGUCUCUCCGAGGGGCUUUAUUGCGACAUGUCGACGAGACAGCUCUAUCCUGUAUGUAAGGAUGAUGCUGGUCACGAUGGGGAGACAUGCUUUGAUGUGGAGCAGAACGAGCUCGUGGAAAGGGAUAGCGGAGAAGAUGAUCCCGCGUCUCGGACUCGCCUUGUUGAACGCUAUCCAGAGAGCCAGAACGCUGGACGAGUCAAGGUGUUGAAGACAUUCCGGUAUGUUGAUACUUGGCAUUAG